AAGGCAAGGAAAGAGAACCAGGGCAACGAGGGCUGCGGGCAGGAGCUGCAGGAGCCUGGGACCCAGCCGUGCCGCCUCAUUACGAUGACCAGCGUGGUUAAGACCAUAUACACUCUGCAACCCCCCGCUGUGCAGAGCGGCGGCCUGCCGGCAGACACACAAACUCGAGCCACUUCUAAGAGCCUAUUACCCGUUAAGUCCAAAGAAGCGGAUGUUUCCAGACUUCAUUCAGGAGGUUCAGAGAAUGAUGUUACAAAAAUCACCAAACCGAGACGAGAGAAUAGGCAGGUAAAAGCUGCAGACACUGCCAUGAGGAAGAACAUCAGAAAGAGUUACAAACCGCUGAGUAAGCAGAAAUCAGAGGAAGAGCUCAAGGAUAAGAACCAGCUCUUAGAGGCCAUCAACAAGCAGCUGUACCAGAAGUUGACUGAAACUCAGGGAGAACUGAAGGACCUGACCCAAAAGGUGGAGCUGCUGGAGAAGUUCCAAGACAACUGCUUGGCAGUUUUGGAGAGCAAGGGCCUCAACCCAGUUUUAGGCAGUGAGACCCUGGCAUCACAGCGGGAAUCUGCCGCAGAUCACACAGACUCCAUGUUGCUGUUAGAUACUUUGCAAGAUGAGCUGAAGUUCUUUAACGAAACGGCCAAAAAGCAGACGGAGGAGUUACAGGCCUUAAAAGUCAAGUUGAAGAUGAAAGAAGAAGAGAGGGCCCGGUUCCUAGAACAGCAGACUUUAUGUAACAGUCAAGUAAAUGAUUUUACAGCAGCCCUGGAGGAAAUGGAGCAGCUAUUAGAAAUGUGAUAAAAAGCAAGUGACCAGAUGGCUCCCACAGGGGAAGCCACUCAGGACAUCUGCUUGGCCAUGACCUUCUAGGACUCACCAUCCCCAGAAUGGAGACAUUUGCUGCAGUAGGAUUAAGGACAGUCUAUGCUAGAAUGGUGCUUCCUCCUUCAGGCAAGCGAACGCCACCCUCAGACUGGUGGGUUCCCCCGAACCUCACACACACAUAAUCAAGGCCGACAAGAGGGGGAGGUGCGAAAGCUUGGAUCGACCUGCUAGGCAACAAAGCAGCAGGCCAUUAGAAUCAGGAGACCAAACCAGCCACAGCCAGAGGAUCCCAAAGGUCACAUUCAGAUGUGUAGGAAGAAAACCUUAAUUGUGCAGUUGGAGUGCAGAGGUUCCAUGGGAGACAUCAGUGGGAAGUGAUCCUAUCCCCUUCUAACUUGGAACACAUUCUGUCUCAUCCUGGUUGGGCUCUAGACCUCAUUGUAAGUUAAUGAACGUGAAGUUAUUGAAAUGGCUUAAUAAAUGGGGUGAGGGUAUAGAUAGCAGUAACACCUAUCUGAAAUAAUACACCUUGGAGCUUUUAGUCUUAAAAAAAAAAAAAAAAGACAAGGAAAGAAUGAAAGAAUGUCAUGCAUUGGAGGAAACUGAAGAGACAUGACAACCAAGUACAUUGUGGGGUCUUGGAUUGGAUCCUGAAACAGAGAAGGGACAGUAAGGGGGAAAAAAACUGGUGAAAUUCUAACCAAGUCUGUAGUUUAUAGUAUUACACCCAUGUUAGUUUCUUGGUUUUGAUCACUGAACCACAGUUGUGUUGUAAGUUGUUAAUAUCAGAGGAAUGUGGGGUGCCUGGGUGGCUCAGUCGUUAAGCGUCUGCCUUCGGCUCAGGUCAUGAUCCCAGGAUCCUGGGUUCGAGCCCCGCAUCGGGCUCCCUGCUCAGCAGGAAGCCUGCUUCUCCCUCUUCCACUCCCCCUGCUUGUGUUCCCUCUCUUGCUAUGUCUCUCUCUCUGUGUCAAAUAAAUAAAAUCUUAAAAAAAAAAAAAAUAUCAGGAAUGUGGGUAAAGGAUAUGCAUGAACUCUAUGUACUAUUUGUCACCUCUUUAAGUCUAGGAAUUAUUUCAAAAUAAAACAUUUUAAAAAAUAUAGACAUAGAUCAUGGGGCACCUGGGUAGCUCAGUCCAUUAAGCUUCCAACUCUUGAUUUUGGCUCAGGUCAUGAUCUUAGGGUCAUGAGAUCGAGCCCCGAAUUGGGCUCUGCACUGAGCAUGGAGCCUGCUUAAGAUUCUGUCUCUCCCUCUCCCCCUCUCCCUCCCUCCCUCCCUCUCAAAAAAUAAAAAGAGAGAGAGAGAGACACAGAUUAUUUUCAGUAGCUUUUAACCUGUUUACUUGGAUAAGCCUUGAAUAUGAAACACUGCAUGGGUGACUUUUUCUUGGUAUUAAGCUUUUCUAUUUGUAUAAAUAUCCUUUGGAUGGCUAUUCCAGUGGAAUCCAAUUGUGAUAGUUAGAAUUUACCAUGGAAGGUAACUUUAGGGACGCCUGGGUGGCUCAGUCAGUUAAAUGUCUGCCUUCAGCUUGGGUCAUGAUCCCAGGGUCCUGUGAUGGAGUCCAGCGUUGGACUCUUUGCUGAGCAGGGAGCCUGCUUCUCCCUCUGCCUACCACUCCCCCUGCUUGUGCUCUCUCUCUUUCUCUCUGACAAAUAAAUAAAAUCUUUAAAAUUUUUUUAAAUUAAAUUAAAAAAAGAAGAAAGUAACUUUAGUUACAGAGAUAGGAAAGCCAAACAGUGUACUCAUUAUGAGUGAUAAAAAUAAUAAUAGCGCAAUAACUGAUUUUUUACAGUGUACUUAUGGUGGGCAAUACAAAUAAUAGCACAAUAUAUGAUUUUAUUUUAGUUACAGAAUUUUUUAAAGAUUUUAAAUUUAAAGGCAGAUACUUAACUGACUGAGCCACCCAGGCGUCCCAGUUACAGAAUUUUUAUUUCUCUUAUGGAAAGAACUUUUAAGAUCUAUUCUCUUAGCAACUUCCAAAUAUACAAUACAGUAUUAACUAUAGUUGACAUGUUGUACAUUCCUUCCCCAUGACUUACUUAUUGUAUAACUGGAAGUUUGUACCUUUUGACUCCAUCCAUUUUGGCCCUCUCCUCCCUACCCACCCCUCCCACCCCCCAUCUCUGGCAAACACACACACACACACACACACACACACACACACACACACCGUUUUCUUUAUCCAUUCGUUAGUCAGUGGACAUUUAGUUUGUUUCCGAAUUUUGGCUAUUGUAAAUAAGGAUGCAGUGGACAUGGGGGUGCAUAUAUCUUUUCAAGUUAGUGUUUUUGUUUCUUUGGAUAAAUACCCAGAAGUGAAAAUGCUGGAUCAUAUGGUAGUUCUAUUUUUAAUUUUGGGGGGAGCCUCCAUACUGUCUUCCACAGUGGCUGUACCAGUUUACAUUCCUGCCAGCAGUGCACCAAGGAUUCUUUUUUCUCCACAUCCUCACCAACACUUGUUAUUUCUUAUCUUUUUGGUAAUAUAAUAGUAUCCUAACAGAUGUGAGGUGAUAUUUCAUUGUGGUUUUGAUUUGCAUUUUCCUGAUAGUGAUGUUGAGCAUCUGUAUGUCUUCUUUGGAAAAAUGUCUAUUUAGAUCCUCCAGUUUUUAAUUGGAUUGUUCUUUUGCUGUUGGGCUGUGCGUGUUCUUUAUACACUGGAUAUUAACCCCUAUCAGACACAUGAUUUGCAAAAAUUUUCUCCUAUUCAGUAGGUUGCCUUCUCAUUUUGUUGAUUUCCUUUGCUGUGCAUCAGCUUUUUAGAUGUACAGGCACACUCUGGAAACAUUGUGGGUAUGGUUCCAGAUGACGGCAAUAAAUCAGAUAUUGCCAUAAAGCGAGUCAAAUGAAUUUUUUGGUUUCCCAGUGCAUAUUAAGGUUAUGUUUACACUGUAUUCUGUUAAAGUGUGCAGUAACAUUAUGUCUAAAAAACAGUAUACUUAUCUUAAUUAAAAAUACUUUAUUCCUAAAAGAUGCUGAUCAUCAUCUGAGCUUUUAGCAAGUCAAUCUUUGCUGGUGGAGGGUCUUGCCUUGAUGUUGAUGGUUGCUGACUGAUCAGGGGACUGAUUGCUGAAGGUUGGCGCAGCUAUGGCAAUUUCUUAAACUAAGACUACAAUGAAGUGUGUCACAUCAGUUGAUUCUUCCUUUCCCAAAUAAUUUCUCUGUAGCAUGCGAUGCUGUUUGACAGCAUUUUACCUACAGUAGAACUUCUUUCAGAAUUGGAGCCAAUCCUCUCAAACCCUGCCACCGUUUUAGUAACUCUGUAUAUUAUUCUAAAUCCUUUGUUGUCAUUUCAUAGAUCUUCACAGCAUUUUCACCAGUAGAUUCCAUCUCAAGAAUCCACUUCCUUUGUUCAUCCAUAAGAAGUAACCCCUCAUCCAUUAAAGUUUAUCAUGAGAUUGUAGCAAUUUCAGUCACAUCUUUAAGCUCCACUUCAAAUUCUAGUUCUCUCACCAUUUCCACCACAUCUGCACUUACUUCCUCCCCUGAAAUCUUGAGCCCUUCAGAGUCAUCCAUGAGAGUUGGAAUCAACUUCUAAACCCCUGUUAAUAUUGGUAUUUUGAUCUCUUCCCAUGAAUCACGAAUAUUCUUAAUGGCAUCUAGAAUGGUGCUUUCCAGAAGCUUUGCAAUUUGCCCAGAUUCAUCACAGGAAUCACUAUGUAUGGCAGCUAUAGCUUUACAAAAUGUAUGUCUUUUUUUUUUUAAUAGAUUUUUUUAUUUAUUAGAGAGAGGGUGAGAGCAUGAGCAGGGGGAGGGGCAGAGGGAGAAGCAGACUCCAUCGCUGAGCACGAAGGCCAACGCAGGGCCCAAUCCCAGGACCCUGGGAUCAUUAUCUGAGCCAAAGGCAGUUGCUUAAUUGACUGAGCCACCCAGGCGCCCCUCAAAAUGUAUUUCUUAAAUAGUAAGAUUUGAAAGUCAAAAUU